ACACAACAUCAGCUACUUUGUUUUUAUUUAGAAAAAGAGAGAGAUGGCGUCACAUCAAGAAGAAAGGUCUGAGCUUGAUCGAAGGGCAAAGGAAGGUGAAACUGUAGUUCCUGGUGGCACUGGUGGCAAAAGUCUUGAAGCUCAAGAGCACCUUGCUGAAGGUAGGAGCCGAGGAGGGCAAACGAGGAAGGAGCAGUUGGGAAGUGAAGGGUACCAGGAAAUGGGACGUAAGGGAGGUCUGAGCACUGGCGAUGAGUCUGGUGGUGAGCGUGCUCAACGUGAAGGCAUAGAGAUUGACGAGUCAAAGUAUAAGACAAAGGGUUAAAUAAGUAGUACUACCUUGUGUUAAUAAUAAACGCAGCCUCCAUCGUCUACUACUUGGGGUCUUAUGUUCGAGUCUGUCUCAUGUCUUUAUAUAUGUAUGCGUUGCGUCUUUUUCUUGUGUCACGUCUUUUAACUUGAAUGAAGGUUCUUCCAAGUCUUUUUUAGUUGUAAUCUGAGUUUAUAAUUUUCUUA